AAAGGUAUCAAUCAGUCACUCCAAACACCACCCAAUAAGAAAUAUAAGAAACACUCUGAAGAAAUCAUUGUUUCUAGACAUACCCAGACAACCGUUUCAGCCAAAAUAACUGAGAAAGACCCAUGAAGAGUGUGACACAUCUUCUACCACCAAUGUGGAUUUUCCAUUUGAAGCAUGGAAAAGAGAGUUCAUGGGCUUCAGAGCUCUUUGCACCACAGUUUUAGUCUGCGCCAUUCUUAAGAUGGAUGAAGAGCAACACCAAAAGAGUUCAAAAUCACAUGAAAAGAAGCUAAAGACAGUUGAAUUCAAGAAAAAGAAAUGCGUUAGGUUUCUGUUACCCCAAAAAGCUGACAAGGAAAAGAAACCCUCUUCCCUACGAGAUACAGAUGAGUCAAAGUUCAGAUGUGAAUGCCACCACUGCCAGAUGUGUGGGGGUAACACAUCUGGGGUCUCUGUGGGAACUAGGAUUGAAGCAGUCUCUCCUUCAUCCUCCUGGGAAAAGCUAACACUAGACCUCAGUAAGUUGACACUCAACCCUCAUACCACCCAGCCCCAUCUUGUGCAAGACACCAUAUCCAAAGGAGAGAACAAAAUGCAGUGGCCAAGGAAAAACAAAAGGAUGUUUCCAAAGGUUCUCUACGAAUGGACAGAAUAACUCUGACACUGUCAUCAUCAUGAGAAGGAAGAUCCAAACCUACAGGAUCAUGAGUAUCAACAUCUUUUGGGGAACAAGAUCAGGAGGAGUAAUGUCCAACCUGGUGAUAAUAAUACAGCCGGAACAUGACUCUAAUCUAUUCCACAAAUAUAGCCAUAUUUUCCAUGGUAAUUUAGGCAUCUUCCCUUAGGCAUUCUGGGAAGAGAUGCUCCUCAGCAAGGAUGACCAGAUUGCAAUUUUUUUAUACUCCCCAUGUCAGUGUUCCCAUGGGAUUUGCUACCGAUUUUCCCCUCCUCGGGUUUGAGGGUUUUCCUCCUUUACAUUGUUGCCAAUAA